CUUUUUCUUUUCUUCGCUCCAAUCCAAGUCCAACCCAUUCCAAUCCAAUCACUGUUCAAUUUCCCCGAUUCAAGUUUCUCACACGUUACUCACACUCUUCUCUCUCUCAUUCUCUCAUCCCAACCGUUCGACUCACUCGGUAACUCGGACGAUUCUUGCGGACUCACUCACUGUCUCUGUCCUCUCUUUUCGCUGUUCGAUAAAGCUCAAGGGGGCUCAAACUAGGGUUUACGCUGCGAUCCUUAGACAAAAAACGCAACGGUUUUCGUGCGCUGCGAUCCUUAUUACUCCGUUUGUUUGCUGAGAAAAAAGAAAAGGUGAAGGUCAAUAGCAAUUUUGAGUUUUUUUAAUUGAGAAGAUGAAGCCAGGAAUGUCAUCCUUAAAUCCAAAUGCAGCAUUAUACAUACCACUUCACAAGCAAGAAACAAAGGAUAAGAACCAAGUUUCUGUGUUAACAACAGAAGAUUCUUUGAAGAAUGUUGGUAAGACUGCUUGGUCUAAUUGUCCUCCUAAUGGCCCUGUUGGAAUGAAUCAAAGCUAUCCCCAAGCUGGUGCUGAUUAUGACAUCCAUGACGUAAAUGAACUUCUCAUUAGCAAUGAUUUCACAAAGAAGGGUGUGCAGAAUUCGAGUGAACUGACAAAAAAACAGUGUGUAGAUGAAGAUCCUGAGAUGGAUCUGGCUUAUUUGGCAAUCAUGUUUCCCAAUAUGUCAGAGCAGUCCCUUGCUGAUGUUUACUCUGUUAAUGAGGGCGACCUGGAAACCUCUAUUGAUAUGCUGAAUGAACUAGAGUUAUCUCCUGUUGAUUUCUCUGAACAUCUGCCUAGUAGAUUGGACAUUGGUGAUGUGUCAGAAUGCAAAGUUACUGAAGGUUCUUCUAUGAACCAGAAGAUCAUUUUCUCUGGGGAAGCCAGUGGGUCUUCUGCUGGUCCUUCAGGUUCAAGCUUCUAAUUGCGUAGACAGAUAAGAUUGAUUUUAGAGGGAGAAUGGCUGUGCCUUAUUCCGAAGUUGUAGAUAAAGUAAGAAAUAGAUUGAUUUCAUAAAGUAAGAAAUAGAUUGAUUGCAUAUUCAGGCUUCUAAGACAUGGAUUUUGUUUCGUGAUAUAGAUAAUCACAUUCACAGUUUGUAGAUAAGUAAGAAAUAUGCAUUCCAUAUUGUUUCCUAGAUUUCUUAACUGGUUAUCCCUUUAUGUUACAACUCAACUUUUUGUUUAGUGCAAAGAAGGAUAUUUCAUA